GAGAACCAUUAAACCUAAACGCGUUAUUAUGCCUCGAAAACAACAGCUGUUGAUGAUGUGCCUUCCAUUUGUUGGCCUCUCUUAUUUCGGGGUGGUGUACUUUUCCUAUUCCACCGGCCAAAUGCAGGCCGUGCAGCGUCAUAUUGAUAUUUCCAGAGCUAGACUGGAGUCUGAAAGGAAAAACAUUUUUCCACUCUCUAAAACAAUAAAAUGAAAAUGUGAGGUCAGUCCAAGAGCACGGGCCUUGUUUUAGACUCAACAUUUUACACCAGCGCUCAGUCGUCACGCAGCAAAUGGAUCGCCAGUUUGUCUGGCUACAGUAGACUACAAUUGAAGCACUUAGAGACUAUUGAAUGAAGAUGAACACAGGAAAGAUCCUCAGUGGAACCAAAAUAGGCACACAGCGAUUCACAGAAAACCUUUUCCACACACAUAUUGUGCGGAGUGUUUUGGAAAAAGGGUUUUUCUUUAGUGCUACUCAAACUUCAUAGGAAAACGCAUCAAUCUCUGUAAGUAAUACAUGUAAUUAUGUAGUGAGGCUUUUUGUGACAAUCCUGUGCUGUUUCCUCUAAGAUCCGUCCACACCACUGGCUCCUGACAACAGUUAAUCAUUAAAGCAUUACCUCACUCUUUAGUUUUAUGGCUUUGACUAAUGCUGGAACCUCAUCAGGCAGCACAUGUGUGUCCCUUUGAUGAAAACUCAUAUGGAUGGACAGAUGAAACGCUCUGAUUUCCCAGGAGAUUCAGCCCACCAUGAUAAGGAGGCAAAGAGAAUGGUGAUGUCUUGAAUCGACGGCCUCUCCAGCCCAGUAAAGGACGUGCCAGUGCCGGGCUGCUGCUAAUGGGAACUCCUGCUCCGCCAUGAGUGCUCGUGAUGGCGUUGGUGGCAUUGGUGGAGUGGGUACCCUGGGCCGGCGGCAGCGCUUCGAGAACUCAGAGUUCACCGUGCGCAUCUACCCAGGCGCCCUGGCUGAGGGCACCAUCUACUGCCCAAUCAGCGCCCGCAAGACCACCACAGCCGCUGAGGCCAUCGAACGUGUCAUUGACCGCCUGCAGCUGGACCGCACCAAGUGUUACGUUCUGGCCGAGGUGAAGGAGUUUGGUGGAGAAGAAUGGAUUCUGAACCCCAGCGACUGUCCUGUGCAGAGGAUGAUGCUCUGGCCCCGCGUGGCACUCGAGCACCGCUCGCUGUCCGGCGGCGAGGAUUACCGCUUCCUCCUGAGACAGAAGAACCUGGAUGGCUCCAUACACUAUGGUGGCAGCCUCCAGAUGUGGCUGCAGAUCACAGAGGAGCGCAGGCGCAUGGUGGAACGUGGACUGCUUCCACAACCUGAUUCUCAGGGUGACCACGCAGAUCUAUGCCACCUGCCGGAGCUCAACGAGCGCUCGCUGCUGGACAACCUGCGCUCGCGCUUCCGCCAGGAAAAGAUCUACACUUACGUUGGGAGCAUCCUCAUCGUCAUUAACCCGUUCAAGUUCCUGCCCAUCUACAACCCCAAGUAUGUGAAGAUGUAUGAUAAUCAUACACUGGGAGAUUUGGAGCCACAUAUUUAUGCUGUGGCAGAUGUGGCUUACCACGCCAUGCUGCAGAGAGAGAGAAACCAGUGCAUUGUUAUAUCUGGGGAGAGUGGCUCUGGGAAGACGCAAAGCACGAACUUUCUCAUUCAUCAUCUGACGGCUCUCAGCCAGAAGGGUUUUGCCAGCGGAGUGGAGCAGAUAAUCUUGGGGGCGGGGCCAGUACUUGAGGCAUUCGGGAAUGCAAAGACAGCCCACAACAACAACUCAAGUCGCUUUGGAAAAUUCAUUCAGGUGAACUACCAGGAGAGUGGCACUGUGAGAGGAGCAUAUGUGGAGAAAUACCUUCUGGAGAAGUCAAGGCUGGUCUAUCAGGAACACAAUGAGCGAAACUACCAUGUGUUUUACUACCUGCUGGCAGGAGCUAGUGAAGAAGAGAGAAAAGCCUUCCAUCUCAAGAAGCCUGAAGAAUAUCAUUACCUCAGUCAGAUGACAAAGUCAACCCGCCAACUGCACUGGGACAGUUACUCUGAGAGCGAAGCGGACUGCUUCACAGUCGAAGGAGAAGACCUGAAGCAUGACUUUGAGAGGCUUCAGUUGGCCAUGGAGAUGGUGGGCUUUCUUCCUGCUACACGCAAACAGAUCUUCUCCCUGCUGUCAGCCAUCCUUCACCUGGGCAACAUCCGCUACAAGAGGAAAACCUACAGGGACGACUCGAUCGACAUCCAUAACCCGGAAGUGCUGCCUGUCGUCUCAGAACUGCUGGAGGUCAAAGAAGAGAUGCUGUUUGAAGCUCUGACAACACGGAAGACGGUGACUGUGGGAGAGAAGCUGAUUGUCCCUUACAAACUUUCCGAGGCUGGUACGGUGCGAGACUCCAUGGCAAAGUCCCUGUACAGCGCUCUGUUUGACUGGAUUGUCUUCAGGAUCAACCACGCUCUGCUCAACGUCAAGGACCUGGUGGAGACCACCAAGAUCUUGUCUAUUGGAGUGCUCGACAUUUUCGGUUUUGAGGAUUAUGAGAACAACAGCUUCGAGCAGUUCUGCAUCAACUUUGCCAACGAACGUCUCCAGCACUACUUCAACCAGCACAUCUUCAAGCUUGAACAAGAGGAAUAUAGAGCAGAGGGCAUCAGCUGGCACAACAUUGACUACAUUGACAAUACAGGCUGCAUUAACCUGAUCAGCAAGAAGCCCACAGCGCUGUUCCACCUACUGGACGAGGAGUGCAAUUUCCCUCAAGCCACCAACCAGACGUUGUUGGAUAAGUUCAAGCGGCAGCAUGAGGGGAACAGCUACAUCGAGUUCCCCGCUGUCAUGGAGCCCGCCUUCAUUAUCCGACACUAUGCUGGCAAGGUCAAGUACGGUGUCAAGGAUUUCAGGGAGAAGAACACUGACCACAUGCGCCCGGACAUCGUAGCUUUACUGAAGAGCAGCAAGAACGCCUUCAUAUGCGGGCUGAUGGGCAUCGACCCGGCGGCCACUUUCCGCUGGGCGGUACUCCGAGCCUACUUCAGGGCCCUGGUGGCUUUCAGAGAGGCUGGGAAGAGACGCACUCAGAAGAAGUCUGGGCAUGAUGACGCUGCUCCCUGUGCAGUUUUGAAAAGUGUGGAUAGUUUUAGCUUUCUGCAGCACCCUGUGCAUCAGAGAAGCUUAGAGAUCCUGCAGAGAUGCAAAGAGGAGAAGUACACUCCGGAAGACAAUGAAAAUGUUGUGCAAAGUGAUGAAAACGGUGUGAGCAGAAAGAGUCCACGGACACCACUGUCAGACCUUCAGGGAAGCAACACCAUCAUUGAGAAAUCAUCACGCGGCUCUCCGGGUCUCGGCUGGAAUGGGCGCGUGGGUCGGCAGAGCCGCGUAUCGUCCGGCAACACCACCACAGAGGAAGACGGCAUCUUUGUCAACUCUGCCAGCAGCAAACUCCUCGAGAGAGCCCACGACAUCCUCAUGAGGAACAAAAACUACAAGUCAAAGCCGGUUCUUCCGAAGCAUUUACUGAACGUCAAGUCACUGAAGUACCUCAGCAACCUGACUCUUCCCGACCGUAUCACCAAAUCCUUGCUGCAUCUCCACAAGAAGAAGAAACCACCCAGUAUCAGCGCACAGUUCCAGGCCUCUCUCAAUAAGCUAAUGGAGACUCUGGGUCAGUCUGAGCCUUAUUUUGUCAAGUGCAUCCGUUCCAAUGCUGAGAAGCUGCCCUUAAGGUUCAAUGAUAACCUGGUGCUGAGGCAGCUGCGUUACACGGGUAUGCUGGAGACUGUGCGCAUCCGCCAGUCGGGCUACAACAUCAAGUACAGCUUCAAGGAUUUUGUGCGUCACUUCCGUGUGCUGCUCCCAGAGGGCACCAGUGCCACCAGAGAGAGCAUCCAGCAGUGUCUGGACCAGCUGGACCUGCAACCAGAUGGGAACCAAGUGGGAAAGACGAUGGUGUUUUUGCGGGAGGCUGAGCGUCAGCGGCUGCAGGCCUUACUCCACAAGGAAGUUCUGAGACGUAUCGUCAUGCUGCAGCGGCGAUUCAGAGCCCAGCUGGAGAGGAGGCAGUUUGUCAGGAUGAGAGAAGCGGCAAUCUGCAUCCAGAAAUGGUGGCGUUUGUACCGGCCUGUAGAAGAGGAAGAGGAGGAGGACUAUGACCCUACUGUCCAGGAGGGGGCAGCUUUGUGUCUGCAGACCCACUGGCGAGGUUACAGGGAGCGUCAGAGGUUUAGGCUGUGGAAGGAAGCAGCUCUGGUGCUGCAGAGGGCUUGGAGGUUAUGGCUCUGUCGGCGCUGCACAGCCGCUCUGGUUAUUCAGACAGCCUGGCGCUGUCAUCAAGCCAGAGAGGCCUACUUGCGCCUGUAUGCCGCCGUGGUACAACUACAGGCAGUUGGCAGAGGCUACCUCGCCAGGCAAAGUUUAAAACAACUGAGAGAACAGAGACUGAGAGAGACGAAGGAGCAGCAGGAGAAGCUGCUUGAGCUACAGAAUGGCCAGGUGAGUCUCUCGCCAGAAGAAGAGGAGGAGCUGCCUGAGAGGAUCAUGGGGUUGGACCUGAGCACAUGGGAGGAUCGGUCCUACGAGCAGCGAGAAAGGAGCCUGCAAAUCCUCAGCACCCACGACGGUGCACUUACAGAGGAAGAAGAAGGAAGAGAACAUGCUAGAUCUUCUAAACUCCAAACUGAAGCAUCGGCCUCGUUCCCAACAUCCACUGUGGUGGUGCGAGAGAGGUCCAGAACUGCAGAUGAGUCCAGCCAAAAAACCACUCGGGCCAAGAGAGAGAGCCGAAGGAUGAGAGAGUUGGAGCAGGCCAAGUUCAGCCUGGAGCUCCUCAAGGUGCGGGCAACCAGCGGCGGAGCGUCAUCGCCAUCUGAGGAACGGCGCUGGUCUGUCGAACUGGUGCCCCCUUCAACACCGCCUCUUCGUUCCCCCCAGGGAACACCAGACAGCCAGAGCUCCAAAGGCAGCUUUGAGCUUCUUAGCAUGGAUGAAGAGCCACCCAAGGCUACAGAAGAGAUGAUAGAUAGCGAGCCCUGCUCCCCUCUUCCUUCCACAGCUCCAGUAUCUGAGCCUAAUGUAGAAGUUGUUUCAACGAGCCCAAAGCCAGAUGAACCACAUCGGACAUGCGUUUCUGAUGCUGUUGCGCACCCAGGCAGCCAGGACCAGACCAAAAUGGAUCUGACAGCCUCCUCUGCCCUCACACAUCCGCCCAAAAUUGAGAACUACCUCCCAACUUUUUACGUCCCUACCAGCGAGGGCAGCACGGUCAUCUCACGUCGUCCUGCAGAUGAGCCUCAACAAAACACAGAGGCAGCCGCCUCCACAGGCGCCACAACUGUUACCAAGCCACUUACAGAGAGGCGAGAGUCAACGCGACGACCCGUGGUGGUGGUCAUCAGCAUGCAGAAAGAAAUGCCACUAAGCGAAGAGCUAAGUGAUAUUGUCCGUCCCCCUGUAGAGGUUCGAGAUUGUGCAGCCCAGACAGGGGAGUUGACACCAUCGCCACGGAAACCACACUUUCCCACAGCCCCUGCUCUUCAAGAUCCCGCCCCUGUGUCCACCUCUGUCCCUCAGGUUGACCAGACUGUCUUAGAGAAGCUGGUGCGACUGAACGAGGAGAAAGAGGAGAGGCAGCGCAGUCAGCGGCAGCAGAAUGAAAAGGAGAUGAUGGAGCAGAUCAGACAACAGAAAGAAGCGCUGGAACAGCAGCGGCUUUUCUUCGCUCAGUACGAGAGAGACAUGUUCGAGAAGCAAAGGGGAGAAGCUCUGCACAGGAUACAGCAGAGUCGACAGGGUGGACAAGAUGUUGAUGGAGCAGCAGCCUCAGACAAGCCCCUUAGACCCAGCUCAAUGCUGUUUGAGAGAACAUCAGGACUCGCUCCUCAUGCUAGGAAAUACUCAGACUCCACUGAUCCAUCAGUGCACGCUCUUCCGGGUGUAGACCGCCAGGGCCGUGCCCCUCACCCCCAGCUGCCUCCACCACCUGCCUCUGCUCCCAGAGAAAGACGCAGGCCUGCUGAGGGGUGGGCGCCCAAACUCACACUGGAGACCAAAGAUGGAGGAGGAAGCAGAGUGAGAGCAGCCAACAAGAAGCCACCAAGUAACCAAGUCACCACAGUUAGUAUGACAGACAAGCCAGGCAACAUCUUCUUCUCUCCAAAGGACAAGGUGACAUUUGCAAAGUUCAACAGUGAUGCUGUCUCUAAAGAAGCAGCUGUAGCUUCACCCAGAGAGGGACCCACACCAGCUUACAAACCUUCCAAAGGAGCAAAAGUGCGUGAUGUUGGCAGGGCGGGCCAAAAAAAGAAAGCCAGAAUGGCACGGACGCGCUCCGACUUCCUCACCCGCGCCCCCAUCCUCUCAGUUGGGGGCGAUUCAGACGAGGAUAACUAUGAUGGCGACAGCCCGCGUCAUUAUACUCUGCCGCUCUCCAAACAGAGCUCCACGGAGGCGGGUUUAGGAGAGUCCUGUUUCAGUGACUCAGACAUGCCUGCAAGCACUGAGGAGCAAAAGAUGCACAAAGCCAUGUCGUCCGGAGAUUUGGGCAAAGUGGACUCAAUGCGCAAGAACUCACAAGAUGGAAGCAGGGUUCGUGGUAGGAUGCGUUUCUGGGGCAAGACCAAGUAUGGAGAUAAGAAGACAUCCAGAGAGAAGCUGAUCUGUGGGGCUGAUUCGCUGGAUGGAGAAUAUGGAGACACUGGGCCGUUGCUUGGAGAAGCAGGUCAGGAAAACAUGUCGCCCCCCUGCAGUCCCGAUCUGACGUUGGAUCGGGGCUUCAGAGACUUGAAAGAGAACAAGGAGCCGUCCCCCAAGGUGAAGCGUAGACGCAGUGUGAAGAUCAGCAGCGUGGCUCUGGAACCUGCUCAGUGGCAGAAUGACGCGCUGCACAUCCUGACCUGCGCCAACGACUACAGGAGCAUGAACGACUUCCUCAUGAAGAAGAUCAGCGAUUUGGACACAGAGGACAGCAAGAAGGACACUAUGGUGGACGUCGUGUUUAAAAAGGCUUUGAAGGAGUUCCGUUUGAACAUUUUCAACUCUUUCUCCACAGCGCUGGCAAUGGACGACGGUAAGCGAGUUCGCUACAAAGACCUCUACGCUCUGUUUGAGGACAUCUUGGAGAAGACCAUGAGACAAGAGCAGAGGGACUGGAGAGAGUCUCCUGUCACAGUGUGGGUCAACACCUUUAAAGUUUUCCUGGAUGAGUUCAUGACUGAGUACAAACCUCUGGACAACACACUCAGCAAGCAGGUAGUUAAACCUGAACGCAAAAAACGGAGGAAAAAGGACACUGAUGUCGUGGAGGAGCAUAACGGCCACAUCUUCAAGUCCACCCAGUACAGCAUCCCCACAUACUGUGAAUUCUGCUCGUCACUCAUCUGGAUGAUGGACCGAGCCUGCGUGUGCAAAUUGUGCCGGUACGCUUGCCACAGAAAGUGCUGCCAGAAGACGACCACCAAAUGCAGUAAGAAGUUUGAUCCAGAGCUUUCCUCCAGACAGUUCGGAGUGGAAGUUUCUCGUCUGACUAAUGACGAGAGGACGGUGCCCCUGGUAGUGGAGAAGCUCAUCAACUACAUUGAGAUGCAUGGCCUCUACAGCGAAGGAAUAUACAGAAAAUCUGGUUCAACCAACAAAAUUAAGGAACUCAAACAGGGCCUCGACACAGAUGUGGACAGCAUGAACCUGGACGACUACAACAUCCAUGUUAUUGCUAGCGUGUUCAAGCAGUGGCUGAGAGACCUGCCUAAUCCACUGAUGACGUUUGAGCUGUACGAGGAGUUUAUACGUGCCAUGGGUCUGCAGGAUAAAAAGGAAACGAUCAGAGGGGUGUAUUCAGUUAUUGACCAGCUAAGCAGAACCCACCUAAACACCCUUGAACGCCUCAUAUUUCAUCUUGUCAGGAUUGCCUUGCAAGAGGAGACAAACCGCAUGUCGGCUAACGCCUUGGCUAUAGUUUUUGCUCCCUGCAUCCUGCGCUGUCCCGACACCACUGAUCCACUGCAGAGCGUCCAGGACAUUGGCAAGACAACAGCGUGCGUAGAACUUAUCAUUUGUGAACAGAUGAAUAAAUACAAAGUACGACUAAAGGACAUCAAUAGCCUGGAAUUUGCCGAGAAUAAAGCCAAGUGUAGACUGACCCUUAUUCGACGGUCAAUGGGAAAAGGCCAUGUACAGCGACUAAGCUACAACACGCCUUCGCCUCCAGUUAGUCCACGGCUGCCAUCCGUGGCCGACGUGAUUGAAGAAAGUGGUGACGAAGACAGAGCUAACUCGUUUUCUGAGAUCUCAGACCAUCAGCAGGCAGCCAUGCAGCAGGAGGAGAGAGUGCUGACCGAGCAAAUUGAAAGCCUGCAGAAAGAGAAAGAGGAGCUGACUUUUGAGAUUCUGACUCUGGAGGCACGAGCAUCAGAUGACGAGACCCUGGAGUCGGAGGCCUCUAUUGGUACCGCUGACAGCUCUGAAAACCUCAACGUGGACUCGGAGGGAACCAUUUCUGACUUCUCUGAGAGAGCUCCAGUGUUGACUAACCCCUGGCCCCGGGGGGCUGAUGGGAAAAGCCCCCGACGACAUGCUCUCAGGCGGCAGCCUGAGUCCUUGGACUCUGUCGACUCCUGUUCCAGUAUUUCCUCCUACUCCUCUUCAUCUCACUUCCAGCCAUCAUCCUCUUCCUCCUCUGCCACCAACCGGCGCUUUCGUUUCCACACCAAGGCUCCCUCCCCAGGCUCAAGUCCAGCCCAGGCCCAGGCUAUGAAUGCGUCUCAACCCUGCCAAUCUGACAGCAUCGACAGUAGCCUUACAGGAGAACAGGAAGGCAUGUAUGAUGAAAGGCCCCAGUUUACAAGCCGAGGCACCUUCAAUCCAGAGAGGGGCAAACAGAAACUUAAGGGGACCAAGCAUUCAGCCUUGAGGCACUCCAGAGAAGAUGAAGACCAUGGCAGAGAUCCUCCAGACAUACCACAGCAGCUGGUGUUGUAUGGUAGUAAUGAAUUCAUGGUAUGAAGGACCCUGGGACACAAAAGCGCUCCUUAUCCAACUCCUUGGCAGCCAUAUAGCUUCUCAGUGGGAGGGAGGUAACGCAAUAGCGACUGAUCUCCACUUUGCAGAGCACUCUUGCUUAGCCCUUCUUUGUUGAAGUCUGCCAAGGAGUGUCCCCAAGUGCCGUGUACAGUGUCUGCACCCCCAGAACGAGGGGGAAUAUUGGGCAGAGGGACAGAAAUCAGUGGAAGGACUCCUCUUGUGUGGAUUAGACUGCCACCUGUGCUCCAACUGUGCCUUGGCAGCUCAACUCGGCUCCAAGAGGAGACACACUGAGCGGGAGGACCGAGAAAAGGGAAUGUUGGGAUAUGCAGAAGACAACUUGGUGUCAGGGAAUGUCACAGAUGAGAAGAAAUCAGGCAACGUCAGGCAUCACAAACGUCACAGUGAACUUAAAGCUCACAUUUAUUAGCUGCUUUAUGAGUUUACAGUUCAGAAGAAUCAGCGUAAGCAGUUUGUUGUCUGUUAUUACAAAUUUAUUUUUCCCUUAUUUAAUAAAUUUUAAUGUCACAGAAAUUCUUUAUAGCACAUAAUAUACAGGUAUAAAUACUGUACAAAGCCGGAACACCAGCUUGUGCUGGGUAGUUGAAGUCAUAUAUUUAUCUUUUUUCUUUUUUUUUUUUUUGGAGUAUCUGGGACAGAAACGUACGGAUUUGGGGAGUGGAUGAUCAUAUGUGUGCAUGUGUGUAUGCGCGCGCCAAGUGCUCAUGCUGUAUGAAUGUUCGAGGAUGAGAAAAAUCCACUUCAUGCGUUUUAAGUUUGUGCUGCUUUUUCCCCUCGCAAGGGAAAUGCCGACAUCAAAGGGACCAAGUUCAGCUGGUGUGUGCUCCAGCCAAGGGGAUCCCAGCUCUGUAAAAGAAUGUCGGAUGUGUAUAAAAUCUGUGCAUUCACUGCUUAACAGCCAUACAACAAUUGUAAUGUACAGUGCAGUUCAUAUGUACAGUAUAGUGGACAAUUGCCAUUCUAUUCUUGAAAUAUGUUGUAGCCCCCCACUCCCCCAAACCCAUCCUCACCUCCCGUCUUUAAAGUGUUUGCUCAAUAGCAACCAAGCAAGAACAUAAAAUCAGUGCGGCUUCUGUCGUUAUUGUUGAGAAUGUUUAUAAUUUUGGCAUGUAAGUGUGUAUUUCCACCUUGUCUAUUAUUCAAGCCUAUUUUCGAAUACUUUCUCGUUAUUACCUCCCAAUGACAUAUUUGAAGACAGGCCUUUUAUGCAGGAGACAUUUUGACUUGUGAGCUGAGGUGUUAAUAAUAACACGAAAGAUGACUCAGUUUUAUUCAAGUGUCCUGGUGAGCCACGACAGCACGACCAGCAUGCACAAUACCAGGACCCCGAGACUAAAGCAGCUAAAUGGAAUUCAGUCUUCAGUAAUUUUAUGAUUUACAUCUGUGCUUUUACUCCUAUGAAAAAAUGUCUUCCAUGGAAAACAAAGACGCAUUUAAAACGGCGACCUGAAGUAGUACCUGAUCCAAGGAAAGAAUUUUACAUUGGUUAAUUACGAUGACUCAUGGUCAAUGAUUAUGUAUCAUUGCACAACCAAUAUGAUAACGUCCCUUCGCAAAUGGCGCUGCCGUUUUGAAGCAAGUUCACAAUCUUGGGUGUCAUGUUACAGUGUUAUGGCCUGGAUCCCGUAUUGUUGAUUUAGGGGGAUCUGUGGUCACUUUCAGACUUAUUCAACUUGGGAGAACGGAUAAUGUGAAUUGUCUUUUUUCCUGUUGCUGUCUUUUCUUUUUGCAUUUUUUCAUCCUUUAGCUGCUGCUUCUGUCCUGAACACUCAUUUGACUUUUGCACUUAAAAGAGCAGGAUUUACCC